UCACCCUUGUUGAGGCUCUCAAAGCAAAGCUCUCACCAAGCCUGCAGAUUCGUACAGUUGUGUUCUCUCCCUUGCCUUGCUUGCUUUCCAUUCCGCCUUGACUUGACCGUCUCAACUAAAGGUAACAAAGGCUUGACCUUUUUCGCCGUUCACUCCGCUCCUAGCAUACACACAGCGUUCCGCCCGUCCUCUCGUCGCCGAGCAGUAAUCCUCCGUGCGAAACGCAGUGGUAGAGUCCAUCCGACGCUGUGCUCACGCUCAGUCGACUUCCUCGUCGCUCCAUUCGCCACGGUAGCUUCUAUCUCUCGGUCGCUUCUUCCGCAGACGCUUCUCUCGCUUGGCACUAGCCCCUACCAGUCCCCUCCGUAGUUCAGCGCCGAUCCUUCGCCAUGCUGUGCCAUCGCCAGGCGGGCGCACUCUGCGCCAAGGACCUACAGAUCCGCUCCGCUCCCGGCGGAGAUGGUCUUGGUACCGGCGGAGAUUCCCGCCGGCGCACUUCCGCCUUUCCCCGGCGCAAUUCCGCGCGCACAGCUCUUCACAGCCUGCGAAUCACCGCGACGGCGCAGAUUCCCGCGUCUAGCAACCAGCGCGCUCUGGAUAGCGAUGCCGCCCCCGCCCCUCCCUCCCCCGCGCAUAGUUCCAGCGGAAGCACCCCCCUUGAGAGCGCUUCCCCUGCUAGCGCUUCCGCCGAUAGACUCCCGCCGAAUGGUUCCGCCCGCACUCUGACAAACGGGUCCGCGUCCAACGGCCGCGCGGGAGGGACACGGGGGAGAUACGCGGCGGGGAAAGCUGCGGGGGAAGCAGCGGAGGACGCGGAGGCGAUGCGCGCAGCGAUGCGGGAGCGGACGAGGGCGGUGCGCGCGAGGUACGCGCGCGUGGAGGACGUGCGGAAGGAGCACAUCCCGCCCGACGUGUUCGACUACCUGCAGGCCGUGCGCGCUGUCAUCCAGGGCGAUCAGGGGGGCUCUCAGCCGCAGCAAAGCAGCGCUGCUGCUGCUGCGCCUUUCCCCCUGCCGUUCCCCCAGCUCCCCCUGCCACUGCUCCCCCUGCCCAUCCCCCCGUUCCUGGAGCCGCUUUUUCCCGGAUCAGCGGAGGCAGGCGCAGGCGACGGGAGCAGGAACAGGGCGGAAGGCGCGAAGAGCAGCGCGGAGAGCGGGCCGCCGCGGUUCCUGUGCCCAGUGGACGCCAUCCCGCCCAGCGACGAGGGGCUGCUCCCGCGGCUGUUCUUCCUGCCAGGCAUCGAGGGCACGGGGUUUGGUCUGCAGCUGCACCACAAGACGCUCUCCAGGCUGUUCGAGGUCACGUGUCUGCACGUGCCGCUAGCUGAUCGCACGGAUUUCAAAGGCCUGGUGGAUGUGGUGGAGGCGGAGGUGGCGAGGGAGCACGCCCUCAACCCCUCGCGCGCUCUCUUCCUCGCCGGGGAGUCCUUCGGCGCGCUGCUGGCCCUUGCCGUGUCUGCUAGGAAUCCCAAGCUGCCCAUCAUCCUCGUGCUCGUCAACCCCGCCACGAGCUUCCCGCGCUCGCCCCUGCACCCGCUGAUCCCCGUGCUGCGCUCCAUCCCCCCGGAUGUGUACCGCGUCUUCCCCUACCUGCUCAGCUUCACCAUGGGCAACCCCAUGCGCAUGGCAUCGGGCCGUGUGCCCAUGGAUGCCUCGCCUCUCGACCGACUCGUGCAGCUCAGGCAGAACCUGCUCGAUCUGCUGCCCAUCCUGCCCCUGGUGGCGGACAUUCUACCCCAAGCCACGCUGGAGUGGAAGCUGGAGCUCCUAGAGGAGGGCAGUAAAGCUGUGGAGCCGACGCUUAAAGGAAUCAGGCACACCACGCUCAUAGUCGCCGGAGGCGAGGAUCAGAUGCUGCCAAGUGAGGAGGAGGCGAAGAGGCUGCACAAGGAGAUGGCUGCCUGCACCACCGUAGUCAAGCAAUGCCCCAACUCCGGACACACGCUGCUGCUGGAGGCAGAUAUCGACCUGGCGAGCAUCAUCAAGGGCGCGGGCGUGUACAGGCGAACCAGCAGCAGGCGGGAGGACCCCCAAGUGGACGGCUUCGUGCUGCCCACUGUAGAGGAGUUUGCGCGCAGCAAGGGUGGCAUGGACGGCACGAUUCGUCUGCUGUGCUCGCCCGUGUUCCUGUCCACGGUGGUGGCUGACGAGCGCGACACCACACAGCUCAGCAGAGUGUUGGGUUCAUCUUCCUCCUCGUCCUCCUCCUUCUCCUCCUCCUCCUCUACUUCCUCCUCCCGCAUAGUUUUGGGUUUGGACGGUAUUCCAACAGACGAGCGCCCUCUGCUGUUUGUGGGCAACCACCAGACGUAUGCACCGGACCUCUCCCCCUUGAUUGCUGAGCUGCUGGCUCACGGCGUGCCCCUCAGGGGGCUCACUCACCCCGUGGCUCUGGGCAUGUUCCCCUCCUCUAUAGAGCACAACCCCAUGGCGGAGGAGUUCCGCCUCUUUGGCGCCGUGCCCGUGACCCCCAAGGUGCUGCACCGCCUGCUGGCGGCGGACCAGGCGGCACUGCUGUUCCCAGGGGGCAUGAGAGAGGCGCUACGGAAGAGGGGCGAGGAGUACAAGCUCUUCUGGCCGCACCGAGCUGAGUUCGUGCGCAUGGCGGUUAAGUUCGGGGCAGUGAUCAUCCCCUUUGCCUCUGUGGGCGUUGACGAUGGUUACAACUUCGUACUGGAUGCGGACGAGCUGCCCAACAUCCCCGUUUAUGGCGAGAAGAUCAAUGAGUUCAUGGACUACGUGCCUAAAGUCAGGGAUGAUGAGAUAGCAGGGCCGGCAGCAGAGCGCUUCCUGGCGCCCGUGGUGCUGCCCAACAAGAUCAACCGCCUCUACAUCAAGUUCGGGGCUCCCAUCCGCACUGCUGGCAUGCGCGAGGUGUUGACAGACUUAGAGGCAGCAGCGGCGCUCUACGCACAUGUGAAGGGAGAGGUGGAGGGGGGGAUACAGUACCUGCUGAGGAAGCGGGAAGAGGACCCGUACAAAGAUCUGGGCGCUCGGCUGCUGUAUGAAGCCACGUGGGGGGGAGAACGUCAGGCACCGACCUUCAAGCCAUGAAGAAACCGGUAUAUUGAUAGGUGGUUCGGGGAAGGGAUAGGGUACCCGCUGAGGAAGCGGGAGGAGGAUCUGUACUGAGACCUCCCUGCUAGGCUGCUGUAUGAAGCCACGUGGGGGGGCACGUGGCAAGCACCCACUCUCAACCCAUGAGGACAUGGCCGAGCAGCGAUAGAGUCUCCUUUGAAGGAAGAGGGGGGAUUUGUGCAGAGAUGCCCGUGCCAGGCUGCUGCUGCACUGUAUGAAGCCCCGUGGAGAGUGAAAGUCAGGCUGUAGCUUUUAGGCCUUGGUGGUGUUGUUGCGCUGUGGGGCGCAACUGGUGAAUAUGCAAAGCAUAUAUACCGCACAUAGCUGCUUCAAGCAUGCGUGUAUCAGUGCUUCUCGGUGUCAUCUCACAUGUUGAUGUGUUAAUGCAUGCACGGGGUAUCGACCUUGUGGCAAUAAGCAACACUCAACCAA